GAGAGAGAUAGGGUUAUAGUUAUUGUCCCCAAGGUGGUGAAACUGGCAGUUAAAGUUGCUUUCAAAAUUCAUAUCUGGCUGGUCAAAACCCACUUCUACUACACACCGAGAAAGAGGUGGGAAAGGACAAGAGAGGAAGGAGAGAGAGAGAACAAAACCAAACCAUGGAGUGAAAAAAAUUGACAUGGGCACAUAGGGAUUAUAAUAUUUUAUGGUUUUGUCCCUCAAUUCUUGCCAGAAACAGUGAAAACUCACGAAAGUUUAGGACUUUUCAGGCCACCUUCUUCAAUCAAAGAGGACCCAUCAUUUCUUUUCCUUUAUUAUUAUUAUUAUUAUUAUUAUUAUUUUUAUCCUUUCUCUUUUGUGUGCUGUUGAUGGAUCCCAAGAGCUCAAAGCAGCCACUGGCACAGGAGGUGGUACCAAACUUUCUUAGCCUUCCCCAACAACAAUCGCCACCACCACAACAGCAAAAACAACAAGGUAGCAAUAGCAACAUGGGAGAGAACAAGCCAGGGGAGAUGAAGGAUUUUCAGAUAGUGGUCAGUGAGAAGGAUGAGAGCAAGAAGCAGUUGGCUCCGAAGAGGAGUUCGAACAAGGACAGACACACGAAGGUUGAAGGAAGGGGACGGAGGAUAAGGAUGCCUGCUCUGUGUGCAGCUAGAAUCUUUCAGUUGACCAGAGAAUUGGGUCACAAAUCUGAUGGGGAAACGAUCCAGUGGCUUCUUCAGCAGGCUGAGCCAUCGAUAAUAGCUGCUACUGGGACAGGUACAAUCCCAGCAUCUGCUUUGGCUGCUGCUGGGAACUCAGUUUCACCACAAGGGGCAUCUCUUUCAUCAGGGUUGCACCAUAAGAUUGAUGAAUUGGGAGGGUCCAAUAUGGGGUCAGGUAGCAGUAGGACCAGUUGGCAAAUGGUUGGGGGGAAUUUGGGGAGACCCCAUGUGGCCACGGGACUAUGGCCCCCCCAUGUCAGUGGAUUUGGAUUUCAGACAUCCUCUGGUCCAUCUAAUGCCGCCCUAGGCACUGAGAGUUCAAAUUACCUGCAAAAGAUUGCCUUCCCUGGCUUUGACUUGCCUGCUGCCGCCACCAACAUGGGUCACAUGAGUUUCACCUCAAUAUUGGGUGCUGCGGGUACCCCGCAGAUGCCUGGUUUGGAGCUGGGCCUGUCCCAGGAUGGCCAUAUUGGAGUCUUGAAUCCACAGGCCUUGAGCCAGAUUUAUCAGCAGAUGGGUCAGGCUAGAGUGCAGCAGCAGCAGCAUCAACAACAACAUCAGCAAACUCCUGCAAAGGAUGAUUCUCAAGGCUCAGGACAGUAGAGUUUUAUGGAUUUUGAUGAAAGAAACAAAAAGAAAAUAGCAUCGUCCACAAGCUGGGGUUUCUACAAUGGCUUUGUAUUGUAUAGUUGGGAGACUGUGAGGAAAAAUUAGGUGUCUCAGAGAAUUCAAUAGAAACUGGAUUUGGUUUACCCCCGUUAUUGUUCCUUCUCCCCAGUACUCGAGUCUCCAGAUACAGGUGGAAUGGAAUUGCAUGACCAGAUGGAUUGGCUUCUUUGAUCUGGUCUUAAACUAUUGUUUAAUUCAGAGGUGUGUUGAUUAUUUUGUUCUUCUCUAUGUCAGGAUGGAGUGCUGAUCGGUUUGUUUGUGAAUUUGAUUAUAUAGUUUCAUAAUCAUAUUUGUCAAAUUUUAUAUUGGAUCUGGUAUAAGUACUUUGUCAUCUGGGAAAUUUUAAUCUUUGUGAGGAACAGCACUUGCAAAUUACAUCUGUGAAUCCGUCAACUAGCAACGCCUUUUCUGUUUCUUAA